UUUAUUUUUAAUCUUUUUACUGUUAUGUAGUGUUUGAAUAUUAUUUAUCUUUUAAAAAUAAAAUAGUAAUAAAAAUGCCACCGAAAGAUAAAGGAAGGAAAGGCAAAGAUAGUCUAAAUACAAGCAAAGCAAAAGAUGAAAAAGAAACGAAGAAAUGUAGGUCCUGUUGUAAGAUACUUCUAGUACUAUCGUCUCUAGCAGUAGCAUUGAUAGCUAUAGCAUCAUAUCAACUAUAUGUCAAGUUUACUAUUAUACCAGAUAUGCCAGAUUUGGACCUAAAUAUAUGGUGGGGUCCAAACACUACUGAGAGACAAGAUACAUCUAUUAGACGCUUUAGAAUUGUAUUUAGCGAUGCUAUGCAAGAAGAACUCCGAAAGAAAUUCGAAGUCUACCGCGCAAUAACCAGUAGGAAGAAGAGUAUAACAGAAGACUGGACUUACGGCACAAAUUCAGAUGCGCUUGCGCAAGUGUUUGCUCAUUGGCAGUUUAAAUACACCAUGAGUGAGAGAGAGAAGUUUUUAAACCAAUUCGACCAUUUCAAAACUAACAUUCAAGGGCUGGAUAUUCAUUUUGUUCACGUCAAGCCUAAAGUUGAUGAGAAUGUUAAGGUUGUACCACUUCUUCUUCUUCACGGUUGGCCGGGGUCGGUCCGGGAGUUUUAUGACGUCAUUCCUCUGCUGACUACUCCUCGACCUGGAUACGACUUUGUAUUUGAAGUCAUCGCUCCAAGUCUACCUGGAUUUCUAUAUUCACAGGCACCAACGAAACCAGGCCUAUCUAAUUUCCAAAUAGCCAUUAUUAUGAGAAAUCUGAUGCACCGAAUUGGUUUCACCAAGUAUUACAUCCAAGGCGGAGAUUAUGGCCAUGCAAUAGGAACCGAUAUGUCUACCAUCUUUCCACAAGAAGUUCUGGGUUUCCAUACUAAUAUGCCGAUACAUUUUUCUAAACUGCCAACGUUGGUUUGGAUGCUCGGAAGCAUUUGGCCGUCAAUAGUCGCUAAUGGUCUUGAAGACAGGAUGUAUCCCCUGAAGGAUAAGAUUGAGAAUGCUUUGGAGGAGUUCGGGUAUUUACAUUUGCAGAUGACUAAGCCUGAUACCAUUGGUAUCGCUUUAACAGAUUCACCCAUGGGUUUACUGUCCUACAUCAUUGACAGAUUCAUAGUCUUCACUGACCACACCAACAAACACCUCCCAGAUGGUGGCUUGUCCAAAAUCGACCUCACCAACUUUCUGGACAACGUCAUGUUGUACUGGGUCACGUCAUCCAUCACCACUAGCAUGAGGAUUUAUAAGGAAAGCGGGAAGAGUGUGGAAGAAUUGAUUUUGGCAGAUAUACCAACCAAGGUACCAACGUGGGGUCUCCGCGUCAAGUAUGAGCUGCUGCAGCAGCCGGACUACAUGCUGCGAUGGAAGUUCACCAACUUGCUGGGGUCAACGACCCUGGACCACGGCGGCCAUUUUGCCGCAUUCGAAUUGCCCACCGAGUUUGCGCAAGAUGUAUUUCUAGCCGUGAAGAAUUUCAUAGAUUUUAUGAAGAAAUAAAGUGUAUCUAUUGAGUUAA